CAGCGCGAGGAUGGGCACGCAGGGCAGCCCGGUGAAGAGCUACGACUACCUGCUCAAGUUCCUGCUGGUGGGCGACAGCGACGUGGGCAAGGGCGAGAUCCUGGAGAGCCUGCAGGACGGCGCGGCCGAGUCCCCGUACGCCUACAGCAAUGGGAUCGACUACAAGACCACCACCAUCCUGCUGGACGGCCGACGUGUGAAGCUGGAGCUCUGGGACACGUCGGGCCAGGGCCGGUUCUGCACCAUCUUCAGAUCCUACUCCAGGGGCGCCCAGGGCAUCCUCCUGGUGUAUGACAUCACCAACCGCUGGUCCUUCGACGGCAUUGACCGGUGGAUGAAGGAGAUCGACGAGCAUGCUCCCGGGGUCCCCCGGAUCCUGGUUGGGAACCGGCUUCACCUGGCCUUCAAGCGGCAAGUGCCUACAGAGCAGGCGCGCGCCUACGCGGAGAAGAACUGCAUGACCUUCUUCGAGGUCAGCCCGCUGUGCAACUUCAACGUCACGGAGUCCUUCACCGAGCUGUCGCGCAUCGUGCUCAUGCGGCAUGGCAUGGAGAAGAUCUGGAGGCCCAACCGAGUGUUCAGCCUGCAGGACCUCUGCUGCCGCGCCAUUGUGUCCUGCACCCCGGUGCACCUCAUCGACAAGCUUCCGCUGCCGGUCACCAUCAAGAGCCACCUCAAGUCCUUCUCGAUGGCCAACGGCAUGAACGCUGUCAUGAUGCACGGGCGCUCCUACUCCCUGGCCAGCGGGGCAGGGGGCAGCAGCAAGGGCAACAGCCUCAAGAGGUCCAAGUCCAUCCGCCCCCCGCAGAGCCCUCCCCAGAACUGCUCAAGGAGCAACUGCAAGAUCUCCUAGCAGGCACGGCUGGCCAGGCGCCACCCUGUGCAGACACUGGGGACCGAGCCGGGGUGCCCUGGCCGGGCGCUGGUCCCAGCGCUGCACUCGGCCACAGUCCUGCAGCAGCACCCGGACGUUUUCCUGCCUGACCAGGCAGAAAAGGCGCUUGCACAGAGGACGCGCAACGGAUGGCCAGACGGGCCGCAGCGGGUGGCGCGGGCACCCUGGGACUCAGGCUGGGAGGGCCCGGCUCGCCUUAUUUAUUCAGAGAGCGCCUCUCCUGUUUGUAUGUCUCCAAGGGGAAGUGGGAAGCCCUGUGUAGAGCGGUGCACAGCCACAGCUGUGGGACGAGCUGGUGGCAUUUUGGAAGGACAGUGUCUGAAUCAGACGGGAGGGACUGGCUGUCGCUGCUAGAGUUCUCAGUUCGAGUACGUGGAGGCCAGUGGGAAGGCCCCACAAGCUGGCAGUGACCUGGGCCCUGGCCUGUGGCCAGCAGCCAGUGAGAGCAUGGCGCCGUGAAGCCUGCUCGGCUGUCCCGGUGAGGGCCGGGUGCUCCCAGGAGAGGGGCAGGGGUGUGCUUGCGGCCGUGCCUUGGCUGUGCAUGCCCAUCAGGCGGGGGACCUCGCUGUCCUUGCGCCUCCACUGCACAAAGACGUUGGUGUUCCAGAGCCACUCGCAGCCUGUCGCCCUGCUGGCUGUGGUUGGCGCACCCUGCGGGUCAGCCCUGGCCCGAGUCCCUGUCGCGGCCGCACUCGCUGCCGUGUUUCUGCUCUGUGAGGGCUCUGGCCACCCUGACGCUACUGAGCGAUGUACCCCAGUGGCCGCCUUGUCCUGUGUGGUUGUGGAGGGUGUCAGCCUGUUGGAGGCAGGUGCGUGGCAGUGCCCUGCAGCCGCUGACCCCCACACUGCGCUGCCACUCUCAGCGCUCCAUGCCCGGGGACUCCGCCCCCUGGACCACCCUCCCCUCCCCAUUGCACUGGCCUGCCUGCCUGGUGGCUCAGCGUCCUGGCCCUGGUCGCACUGGUGCUCAACUCUACCUCCUGGCCUGGCGGUCCCCCUCCCACCAGGCGCUCCUCUCCAGCAGUGGUUCUGCGUGGUGGCUGUUCUGGGAGGGCUGUGGCCCUGUGAGCUGCAGGCACUUGGGAGGCCUGGCCAGGCCAGGCAUACCCCCUCCCGCCCGCCUGCUGCUAGUAGGACCCUUUGGCAUUACGAGCAGUCAUGGGAUUGGUCACGAGGCCUGGCUGUCCUGCCUUCGCGUCACCAACACUACCCAGCUGCCGCCAACACUACCGUCUCGGGCCUCUGUAGACCGCCCCUCCCUUUGUACAGUAAAGUGAUCAGCCAGA